CAAUCGAUGAGCCACACGGCCACGAAUGGGUCCAAUGUCACUCACGCACACGAACUGACCAUCUCACUCAGAGGAAUACGAGCGUCAGCGAUUCAGCUGACCAGGGCUGGUUCGACCGAUGGGUGGUGGGACGAAUGGGUGGUUCUGUAACAGCCUGGUGUGCCCUGGCGGGCAGAAUGAAAAGGGGAGUGAGGGCAGCGGAGGACCGGCCGGCGGGAAGCCUGUCGACAAACAUGCCGGGGAGACACAGGCAUAGCGUGAGAGUCCGUCUCUGGGUGGAAGAGAUGGGCGGUGUGUGUCUGUGGGUACCUGUGGAUACUAUGUUGGCCGUGUGGUUUGCCCCUGUGCUCUGGGACGAAGCGGUGUUCUCACGGGACCUUGGUCCUGAGAGCGGCCUGGUGUCCUCCUUCUUCACACCCACCUUGCGGCUGACACGCACAUAUACACAAAUACAUGAAUUGAUGGAUGGACGGAUGAAUGCCGACAGGUUCGUGUUGAAUGCGCACCUGGGAGACAGCGUGGUUUGGGUGAUGUUGAGGGGGGUCUGCUGGUGCUGCUGGUGCUGGUGCUGGUGCUUGCUGGGGCCGUUGUGAGUCGAAAAGAGCGUGGCAGCAGAGGGCCGCGAGACAUACGACGACACACCGAUCAAAGGCUGCAUGAUGGAAGCAGACUGCCCAUUCGAUAUACCUAGACAAAGAUUAGACACCGGAAACUGCUGCACCCUGCUCUCGUUCGUGGCCUCCUCGCCAUUCUCCUCACCCCCAGUCGUCAGCGGCCUGUUCCAGGGAUUCGUAGGCGGCCCGCCAUUGCUGCUGCCGUUGGUGGAGCGCUUCUUCGGCGCAGCCUCUUGUGAACGUGGGCGAGCGCCAGGGCGGUAGCGAACAGCCGUGUGUGUGCCGCCAGGGGGGAAUCUCACCCUCGAGCCCUGAGGAAGCCUCCCCGCCGCGCCAUGCCCCGCCCGUCGCCCGGCGCCGCUGCCGCCCACCUCGACCGGGGUCACGUGUUUGGGCACCGCGCCCGUGCGAUGCUUCUGAUGGGUGGUGAGGUGGGUGCUCCUGGGCUGGCUCGAGUGGGAUGGGGGGACGGACCCCCGCAACAUCCUCGACGCCACCGCUGUCUCGCUCAGCCCCCUGGGUGGUCGGUCCUUGUCCUCGCUCAUCGUCAGCUGCCCCUGCCCAGCCGCGCCACCGUUGCGACGGGCACCAUUCUGUUUGCUGGCCUUGAUGUGGUUGAGCAGUGAGGGGCGCUCUGUGGUCGUGCUGUCUGUCGUGGGGAUGGUGUUUCGCGAGUGGUGGUCGGAUAUGAUCGGGGCCUGCCGCUGGUUGGUGUGAGAGUGGGGGUGGGCCCUAGCGUUGGACGCCAGGCUCCCGCUGUUGGCCAGGUUCUGCCGGUUGAGUGAGAGUGAGAGGCUGGGGCGGUGGGCUGGGAAGGAAGAAGAAGAAGAAGACACAGUGACAGUAGCCGCCGGCUGCUUGGGCCUGGGCGGCACCACAGGGGCGCUGUUGUCGUUGACACCGGCCAUCGUCUGCAAAAAAGCCUGAGAGAGAGAGAAAAAGAGAAGAAACAUACACUGGGCAGUUGUGUCUUUCUGCAAUGCGUGUUGCGCACCUGUCCGCCCCGUAUGAAGGUCUCCUCCUCUGCAGCAUCCACACCCGUCCCUUCAUCACCCUCCUGUGACCCACCAACCACACCACCCACCACACCACCGCCAGCUGCUGCGGCUGGGGCGCCCACGUCCGCCGAACCCGACGACUCACCCCCGCUGCUGCCCGCCGCCUUCUGCGCCACGAUGCCCUCAAGGAAGCUUGACACGGGCCUGCCCCCGUACUCGCCCCACCUAUCCACCUCUCUCGCCGGUCGUUGCGAUGGUGCUGAGGCGGCCGGCAGGUCGGUGUGAGCCAGCGAUGCCAUUUGCAGCGGAAGGCCUGGCAAAAUGGCAUCGGGAGCCAUGUCUCGCGCAGCCUCACCCACAGCAGUCUCAUUGCGAUCGCCCUCCCGACCAGCACCACGACCCUCACCACCAUUCGGCACCACCUGUGUCUGUUGGCCCUCCUCUCGCUCCCUCGCCUCGCCGAUGAACCCCUCCUCCCCCACGUUGUGGCGCCCUACCGGCUGACCCAGGUUAACAGGUCGACCGCCACCUGGGUGGAAGUCGCGCUCGUGAUGCAUCAACAGCCCGUCGGGGACCCGGUUAGGUACAUUGAGAUCACCGAAAGCGAUGGGCUGUCUCGGCGACGGGCAGUGUCGUAGCUGCUCCGAGGGCGGAAGAGCGGCCAGCUCUCCGUCAGGUGGCGGCGGCCAUGUGGGAAGGACGGACGGUUCGGCGACGGGCAGGGCGACGAUGGACGCUUCGGCGACGGGCAGGGCGGCGAUUUCUGCCUCUUGUGGGUCCUCCUGUGCCGAGAGGAUCUGUGACCUCAUGGCGCGGCUGUGGUCAAGCUGCGCCUGGCACUGCAUCUGCUCCAGCUCCACCUUGAGGUCAUUCACCAGCUCGUCGAGCUCCUUUUUUUCCUUCUUGAGCUUUUCGUUCUCCUUCCGCAGAUCCUUAUUCUCAUUGCUGAACCAAAGCAAGGGAAAGUGACACCGGGAGGGAAGGAAGGCAAGGAUGGGCUCAGGCGCAAAGGGCUGUCUUGGGCUGGUCAUUCACUCACUGUAGUUCGAUGCCUUUGUCGAAAAGGAAGACCGCCUCCCCUCUCUGGGACAGCCAGUCGCGCAUGGGGAUCUGCCCCUCCUCUCCCUUCAACUCUCUAUUCAGCCUCUCAACGUCUUUCAUGUUCUUGGCUACAUUAAUGGACACACACGAGACACAGGAGGGAGGAAAGAUGGGUUGACAGACGCCAGGAGAGCGCUCGCACGUACGUGAUGUCUCGCCCGCCUCUGUCAGGAAAUCGACCUCAGGAAUGUCUACCAACUCUGCAGAAAGAGAAUGAAAGACGCGUAUGUGUGGGUCUGCGUGUCUAUCUGUGUGGGGGUCCUGUGGACAUACUUGUGUCAAACCCCUCGAGCUCAUCCGUGUCGAAAAUUUCCUCAGCUGCUUUACCAUACCGCUGUAAGACACAGGACAGGCAAGCCACAAGACACACACACACACAAAGACACACACAAAAUACAUUGCUGUGCUCUCGCCGGCCCGUGUAGGUGUGUGUGUACCUCUCUAAGGAUGCGCUGAAAUUCCGUUGUGGCCCUGUAGCACUUGUCCAGCAGGGCAUCGAGCUGGGUGACAGUGAGUUGGGCGUCCAGCUGGUCCCAGUCGAGCAGGUGACGGCACCGCGCCGUCUCCUCAAGGGUGAUCGCUGCCGCAUCGUCUUCCUCCCCCUCCAGCCCACCGUCAUCCUCACCGUCGUGCUGAUUCUCCUCGUCUAUCGUCUCCCCCUCCACUCCGUGCUGAUCCUCCUCGUCUAUCGUCUCCUCCUCCACCCCGUUCGUCAUCCCAGCACCAUGACCGUUGUCAGCCCGAUCGUGGCCCAGGGUAUCGUUGGUCAUCCGAGCCUCCCCGCGCCCCUCUUGCCCAUCCUCUGGUCCAGGACCCACCCCCUCUCCAUCACCCUCUCCCUCUCCGUCUCCCUCCAUCCCGCUCUCGCCAUCACCCUCGCUGUGGCCAUUCACCAUCUCCUCCUGGGCGUCCGCAUCGCCGUGUUGCCGCCUGGCGGCCUCCCGCUUGGCGGCCUCCCGCUUGGCGGCUUCCUGCCUGGCGAUAUUUCGCUUUUCUGACUCGGUGAGGGGGAAGUCGUCCAUGAAGUCUGGGUCCCGGAGCCUGUGGAGCAUGCAGAGAAAAUCCCACCCAGAGGGAGGUGCCGGGACGGGUGGGCAUGGCACACGAGGACAUAGCACACGAGGGCCAGGCGAUGGUGUGUUGGCUGUCGCUGCGAUGGUGCUGGCGGGGUCCGCGCCCUCGAUGUGCUGGGCCAGCUUGUCUUCCGACAUAGGGAAGCCAUGGUUGAUGAGUUCGGAAAGAAUGCGGAAACGAAGAGGGUCUCCGAACAUGCGCAGAUGACUGAUGAGCUGGCACCACAUGUGCUCGCGGUGCCAGUCGUUAACCUGUAGCAAAGUGCAUGACAAACACGAGUCCGUCAAGGGCAUGUGGCGUCGAUGCGGCCAUGGAAGCUUACACGUCUCAUCCUCUGCGUCACUGUCAACAUGGAUUGGACACGACGUCGAAUGUGGGCUGUCUGCAGCGAGAAUACCAGUGCAAAUGAGGACGUCUGUCGACGUUCCCCCUUUCCUUUCGCCCUCACCCAUAUCUUCAUAUCCCGCAACAUUUUCCUCUCGCGCUCGGGCAAUUCCAGCAAACGAACCUGUGAUAUGCAUCGAAUCGGAUGGACUCUUUCUCUGUCGCCCUCCCCUUCCUUCCUGCGCUGGUGAUUGGUGUCUUACUGGCUUGGUCCUCUCCAAAUCGUUGCCUUCAGACCCUUGGCCUUCAUCCGACUCACGCCUCGCUUCACGCCGACGGGCCGGGCCCGGGGUAGGUUCUAGGUCCACGGGUCUGCGCUCGUUGAUGGUGUCCAUUAUUACUGCGAUGCGACAAUCGUUGCAACGUUGACAGCAGAAUC